AAUUAGUUACAGGGCAUACCGAGAACCUAACCUAUGUAAUUAGUCAUUGCUUGUUAGGGCAAGCCUUUUUUUCCUUUCCGUCGAUAUCUCAGUUUCACAAGGCCGCUAACAGAGUGCGAUUCGUCCUAAAGUCGAUAUGAUUACAGACGGAUAUUUAUUCUAUCCUACUUACUUAAAAAACAGUGCCUUAUUUCACAACCUCUAUGGAGAUUACCGAUAGUCCACGCAACAUAACAAAUAAACUCCAGACUUCCGUCUGAAACUGAAACUAUCUCUCAUAAGCCGCUGUCGAGAACUCAGCUGAUCGAAACCUUGAACCUUUUCUGAUUGUGUCCGUCGUGAGUAAAUUGUCACAUGUUUCUUACGUCGGGGCUUUUCAUAUACGUGCCAGGACCUGUUUCAUUUUAUAUACAAGAUUACAACAGGCCACUUAAGGAUGCUACAACUUACAAGAAUUUCUUCAAUACGUAAAAAUAUCGAAUGUUACUGCUGCCAUCCCAACAUAUCUAAUAUUUGCGUGAACUUUCCAUAUCCUUCUUUGUCAAAGCUCUGGACAGAAUUUUACACUUUGCUUGACUAGAUUAUUGCUGAGAACCUUCAAGGUCGGAUGCGUACAAUCAAGUCGCGAGCUAACAUUUCUUAUUGUCAGACAUUUCCUCAUACGUCACAGGCGAUGAAGAAAGGGUCUAAAAUAGAUAGAGGUAAACGGAAGGAAGGAACUAAAGACGAAUGGACAUCUCAAGGUGUAACCAUGAUGUCACCUGUCUCCUUUGAAAUCCAACCGGACUGUACGUCAGAAGGAAGGACAAUAAGAAGACUCACUUUUUCCCCAGAAAGUGAUUAAAAAUUGCGUCACAAGGAGCGACGUUUGUGCGUGACGAUAAAUAGGCUCACAUAUUUCCCAGAAAAAUGUUACACAUGCACACACGCGCGUCACAAGGACUGACGUGCGUGCUGACAACAAGAAGACUCACUUUUCGUACACAGACAUACACAUACAUUCGCCAAUGUCAAGUUGUGCGCACUAGGUGACUUAGUGUUUAACUGACCACAUCUGAAAAUUUCACCUAAUUGCUUACAUUCACUAUAUAUGGUAUUGUACCUCUGUACUUGCAAAAAGACUGCAUUUUGAUUAACAAAGGAACUCAGUCUUCUCGUUAAUGACAAGGAAACAAAUGAUUUAAUCACUGAACUUUCAUCCUCUACGAAUGUGGGUUUCCCCCUCAUCAUAUCACCUGUCCCAUGACCAAGGAUAUGCCCAUUCUUCACCCGGAAAUAUCACAUGUCUGCCCUCCUAUAAUCAGAUGUCACCAGGGGAUAAACCCAAACUUAGCUCAGUACGGCGUCUCCAUGACUACAUGACAUCACUUCUAAUUCUGGUCGGGCGGAAACAAAACCCCCCACACCCGGCUAUGUCAUAGUUUCACCCGUCACAUUCUAAGUUAGACUCGAAGCGCGUUGCCUCCUUACAAGUAGUAAGAUAUUCUCACAGAAAGCGAGUACUGCAAAUCGCCUGGAGGUCAACUAUAGACGAGAAAGAAGACACCUGUUGAACUGAACUGUACAGCCAGUUGCGAUGGGUUGGGAAGAGAAAGAGUUCGCGGCGGUGUUCUACAGCGAGCCGGGGGUGUUGGGCUUCCUGGCGAACGUACUGUCCGCCUUCCUCGCGGCGGUGGGGAACAUGAUAGAGCCCGCCGAGCAACCCGUGGUCGGCACGGUCAUCACAGGCGUACACCUGAUAGUUAUCGGCGGGUUUGUCCAGCUGGUUGCCGGCCUGCUCAGCUUCCGUAAGUACGACCACCUGGCCGCCACCGCCUUCGUCACCUUCGCUGCCCUGUGGAGCAGCAUGGGGGUUUUGAGGAUCCUGGGAGCCACUUCUUUUGCUGCUUCGUCCGCGACCGUCGUAAACGCAACAGACGCCCCCGUCGUAAACGCAACAGACGCCACCGUCGUGAACGCAACAGCCGCCACCGUCAUAAACGACGCAACCCUCCCGGGCCUCGUCUCCUACGCAUGUGUGGCCGUAGUGUUAUCCGUGACGUCAGCAACCACCAACUACGUCAUGCCACCAGUCGCCCUCACCGCAGCCAUAUUGCUUUCCUUUGAAACCGUGGGGUUGUAUCACAUCUGGGGCAAGAAAGUAGCUUUCGCUUUAGAAGUCGUUUUGGUCCUUAUAGCUCUCUAUGGCGCUACAGCAUUACUGUUGAAGGGGGUUUUCCAGCGAUGGGUUAUUCCGGGUUUCGGUAACGCACCUUUCAAUGUGUUACUGUUUGGCACAAAGGCCGGCACAUCAAAAAGCAAAUCAAAAGAAGAAGAGAAAAAGAAGAAUACAAAAUACGCCGAGCCCAUGGGACUAGGUUAUCUCAGUAACGUUCCCGUAGCCGCUAUCUUUGCUUUCCACUACCUCGGGUUUACUGAGUCUUUUCCCGCCGCCACACCGUGGGUUGGUCUCGCUUUGGUUUCACUCAUCAUCGCCUCUUACUACUCCUUCUUACGGAACGACGCUUUUCACUGCAUCAUGUUCGGUACUCAGGCUACGUUCUGGCUAUGCCAGGCCGCGGGGUUGGUCGCCUACAGUCUGACAGGUGAGCAUGAUCUUCGGUCUCCUCUUCUAGGCACGUGGGCAUUCCUGCCUACAUUCGCACUUCUUGUCCUGGUCUCACUCACCAAGGACAAAGUGACACUAGUCAACAACUUCGUCUUCGCUUUACUCUCCGUGGCUUGGUUCUCUGUGAUCCCCCUAGCGGGAGCUAAGUACGCUGUAGGCGGCUUGUGUACCGCUCUGUCCGUCCUCUCUCUCUACUCUUCCUUCGCAAACCUCAUCAACUCCGUCGCGGAGAAGCCCAUCAUGUGGGUUGGCUCCAAGUUCGUCGCCAUGACAACUCUCAGGGAAGGUUUUCAGAGGUUUAGAUGUUGCCGACCAGCCCGUGAGAUCAGCACUGACAAGGACGCAGACGGCAUGUGUAGGGAGGACAGUGCUGACACCUUAGCUUUUCUCAGCAAUGCUGUCGCGGCGUGGGCAGCACUAUCCGGCAAUGUUGUCCACAGCGCUGCCGUCCACAUGGCCUGGAUUGUCGGAGCUGGGAUUCUGGUACAGCUGCUGUCUGCCUUGCUGUCACUUAAGGUCAAGAAGACCGCAAAGCCAGCCGGGAUGGUGUACAUAGCAAGCGCCUUGAUGUGGGGAGUCUGGACUCUAGUGCGUCACUCAGGAUAUAUCUUCCAAAACACCUCGCUGGGCCACCACCAAGACAGCCUACUAGUCGGAGUCAUCGUCCUGAUGGUCAUCAACCUGGGCAGCAUGGUGUCCUCAUGUUUUGUCAGCAAGAUCUGGUUAGUGACCACAGUUCUGAUGGAGGUUGUACAGGUCUGCCUGCUGCUCUUCACGCUGGACAAGCUGCCCUCCCAUCUAGCGGAGGCGUUCCUGGGCCUGCUCGGGGUGGUGUGCCUGUACGGGGCGGGGACGGCGCUCCUGGCGGCCGUGUUAGGGGUGGACGUCUUACCGGGCCGGGGUCCCAUCUGGCAGGUAAACACUGACACAGAGGAGGAGUCCAGUUCAGGCCAGCUGACCAUCCCCACGCCUUCCUCCAAGAAGACCAGCGGACUGCGGACCAUCGCGGAUCUCCUGGACGCUGGCGGGGUGUGCGGCAUCCCCACCGACACUGUGUACGCCCUGGCCGCCUCCUGUAAACACCCAGAGGCCAUCAAACGCAUCUACCACAUCAAGAGUCGCCCGGCCGAGAAGCCGAUCUGUGUGUGUAUCUCCCACCUGGGCCAGCUGGAGGCGGCACAGCCAGGCUUCAGCCCGCUGUUGUGGGACUUCAUGCGCCGCUGUUACCCCGGCGGCAUCAGCUGUGUCGUGCCCAAGGGCGACUGGCUCGCGAACCUCGGACUGGGUGAUGCUGUGAGCUACAUCGGCACAAGUGACAGUAUCUGCAUCCGGGUACCUGACAGCACGGCCACCGCCCAUCUGGUGUCCAUGACAGGACCCCUGGGCAUCACGUCAGCUAACCCUAGUGGGGAGCCUGACUCCACCCAUCACGACAUGGUCCUGUCCUCCCUGGGAGACAAGAUAGACGGCAUGCUGUGUGACGGUCCCUCCAACGAGCUGGUCGCGUCCACCGUCGUCAACUGCAUGAAGAUAGACGAAGUCGGCAUCUCGUUCUUCAGGGUGGGGUGUACUCCUCAGGAAAGGGUGGAGCAGCUCUUCGCACAGGCUAAGGAAGCAGUCGGCCAGAAUGCACAGUUGGAAGCCUCCAUCAACUCCAUUUAGAACACGCCUGGAGAUGAAGACCCGUUGUGUUAACUAUUCAUAAACAUAUUUAUCAGUUCAGGUUAUCAUCUGUAGAGAGGUGACACCGCGCUUUCCACAAAGUCCUGUCCAGCGUGACAGAGCGAAGCUCUUCCACCUGAACAUGAUUUUAAAGAAGCCAAAACCAACUUGUAUAGAUGUAGCCAACACUUGUAUUGGGCAGUCUUUGUCACGAUGAUAUCAAUUACUGCCCCUUUGUCUCAUGUAUCUUCUACGUUUCUGCCAUGCAUUUGUAAGUCUCGUUCGGGCAUGAAAUUCAAAUUAUACAUGUGUCAAAUCGUUUCAUAAAUACGUGACUAAUUAUGUUCAGUUGUUUGAUGGUUUAAUAGAAAAGCCGUACACGUAAUUCCUAGCUAUAGGGUCACAAGUUUUAUUGACAAAUGUCGUCUGGAGUUAAUAAUUGCUGUAUUGGUGUUUAAGAUGAUUGUCAGAUUGAUUGUAAUGAUUGGUAAAAAGUUGUAGAUCGAGAUUUUUAAAUAAUUCCAUACAUCACCUCAUGUUAGAACACUGACAUUUAAUGUUAUGUUUGAUAGACAAUAAUGAAAUUAUUUAUUCACAUCAUUGCAAGUUACCUGUUGCAAUGAACGUCUUGCUGCAACCUUGUUGAUUUUUCAUUAUGUCAUAAUAAAAUAAAGUAUAUUACGUUUGAAA